AUGGAUGCCCUGAGACACGAGCUGCGGGCAGCGUAUGCCAGCCUAGACGCCACGGUUACCCAAUACCUUGUGUCUGAGGGGUUUGGUGAUGCAACUGUCAAUCAUUUCAGCCAGUGCUUUUCUGCAAACGUCGGAACCGGCAAGCUGCAUCGCGGACUGGCCACUCUCUACAUCGGCAAGCAGCUUGCCAAAAAUGAAGUGAGCGAGGAACAAUCAAAGCAGCUCUCCGUUCUCGCAUGGCUGGUAGAGAUGCUGGGCGCGCACUACCUGAUCCUCGACGACAUAAUGGACGACUCGACAACCCGGCGCGGCGAGCCCUGCUGGUAUCGGCAGCCGCAGAUAGGCUUGAUGGCCAUCAACGACGCGUGCAUACUCAAGUCCACCAUCUUCUUCCUCCUCAAGACCUUCUUCCGCCAGCACCCAGCGUACACCAACAUGGUCGACCUCUUCGUCGACAACGGCCUCCACACCGAGCUGGGUCAGCUGUGCGAUCUCGCUGCCGCCAGGGAGCCCGACAUUGCAAACUUCACCAUGGAGCAGUACUGGGCCAUUGUCAAGGACAAGUCGUCGUACAGCAUUUCCGGCCCCGUCACAUUGGCCCUGGAGUACUGGCAGCUCGCCACGCCCAAGAAUCUGCGGCAGACGCGCGACUUUUCCGUGGCGCUGGGCGAGUAUUUCCAGGUAAACGACGACUAUGUCGACGUGUUUGGGGACUAUGCCGUCACGGGCAAACACGGGACGGAUAUCCAGGACAACAAGUGUACCUGGUUCAUCAUUGAGGCCUUGUCGCGGGCAAACGACGCGCAGCGACAGCGUCUGCUGGAGGGGUACGGGAAGAAGGACGCGUCUCGGGUUGACGAGGUGAAGCAGGUAUUUGCCGAGCUGGGGCUGCAGCAGGCGUUUGGGGCCUAUGAGGAGCAGCAAAGAGCCAGGAUAGAGGGCAUUAUUGCGGCCGUGGACGAGAGCGAAGGGCUGAAGCGUGGUGUAUUUCGCGCCUUGUUUGAUGGGUUCAGAAAGGGCCGGCAGAACGAUUCUUGGAAGGAGACGGGGCGCGCCAGUCCACGAAUUGCACACAGCCUUGAUGUGCCUAGUGUGAUGGCGAAAAUAUCGUCAAUUUCUUUGCUAGAUGUGAGACAUGGAACGGAUUUGCAGACGAUUCACCCAAGAAUUUUUGGUCCUUUAAAGAAAGAAAAAAGAACGGCAAAAAGGACAGAAAAAGAACCAAAAAAGAAAGCCGACUACAUCUCAAUCAUUUUUAAUAUAGGAAAAGCCCGAUGCGGGGGUCGAACCCGCAACCUUGAGAUUUCGUGUACUCGUAAGAGUCUCACGCUCUACCGAUUGAGCUAA